AUGCUGCGCAGUACUUUCCAGGUUUUGACAGCACCACCACAGGCACUCGUUAUCGGGGCCGAUACCGUCACGCUCGUCUUCUCCCCGGCUCACCCAUUGUCCUUUCUGCAUCUCUGGGAGGUGUGGUGGCCAAAUUUUGUCCACCUACGCCGAAUUCCACACAUACUUGUGGCGAACCACAUGGAGCUUCUCGUAGUGGCAGAUGUACAGAAGGGCAUGCGUGAAAAUUGUAUCAAUCCUGUCACAGUGGAGGAGGUGGUGCGGGUGACAGAAGCCGCACUGAUUGAGCCGCAGAACAUUAUACCUGUGUCAUUCCGCGGUGCGGCGUGUCUUCCAUCUACGGUUUCCCCGCCGUCCCGAGGAACUACGUUUCACCUGGGCGAGGUGUUUCGGCGCACAUGCUGCUCUGUACCGGCAGAGGAUGCAAUACCAUCGCUGGAGUCUCGAUGGGAGGCAAUGUUGAGCGAAGCAACUGCGCAGCAGCUUGAGGCGCAGCUGCUGGAUGAAUGGGCAGCUAUCUCGUCUGCACAAACAGGGAAGGUGUUAUGCGCCAACCGCCGCACGGGCGUUUUCACGACAAUGCAGCCAGCCAGUGAGCUGCCAUCCGCCGCGGAUGAGAGCCACGCGAUUGAGCGGCGCGGCGCUCUCGCUCUGGCGGCGCAGGUGAAGGGUAGUAGGCAAACACGGUCUAUUCGCUCCGCUGAUCACAUCACUGGAGCAGCUGAGUAUUUUAAGGAUCUCGAAUGCAUUGUGAGAGAGUGUCGAGGUAGACGGUCCCGACCGCAGAUUCUCCAGGAUGACGUGCGCCAUCAAAGGGCUGCUGAGCAUCAUUUGCGGGAUGAAGUUGAAGGGCUCCGCGCAGCCGUCGCGGCCUUGCAAAGUAAUGCUUUAAACACAGCCUCGAAGCACGAGGCCACGCGUGCGAUAUGCCGGUUUUUGUAA